AUGGAAAAAGUUGGUGUAGGGAAAUUGUUUAUACAGGAACUUCAAAUAUUCUUUGCCCUUUUAUUAGGUGAGUAGAUAUCUAUUUUAGGUUUGCAACAAUCUAAGGGAAUGGACUUAAUAAUUCCUUUAAUUUUGAAUUUCAUUUCUGGAGUAGCAUUUUUUGUGGCAAAAUUUAAAGAUUACAACUAUGUAAAUGUUUUUUGGAAGUUGAAAUUGUUAAUAAUUUUGAUCUAAGUAUCUAUGAAUGUGGAAAUGAGUCAAUUUUGUUUAAUUAUGGCUCAUUUGUUGGAUGAUGAACUGUUGAAGGGUUUUUGCUUGGGAACAGCACUGUUGAUUAACAUAAUACAGGAUCAGGAGAUAAAUUACAUCACAACAAUACCGAAUAGCAUUUUAUUGUUUUUCAACAUAGUAUCAUGGUUUGGGUUUAUGUUUGUGAAAUGGACGACCACAAGAAGGGAGGACGUGUAUCUGGAGAAGGAACUAAAACAAAAGUCGACUUAAUGUAUUGAUAAGAAUGAUAUGUAGUGAAGGAAUCGAUAAACAAUAGAGAUAUUGGAAGUAGAGUGAAUCAACAGCAAUCGAUGUUGCAAGAGUUGAAUCCUCUGAAAAUAGAGUGUAAUGAGGAUGAGUAGAUUUUGUAACAUGUUUCAUGGAUAUAAAAUCAAUCAGUGUUGGUCUACAACAAUAAGCUAAACAUUGUUUAUUAGAAUAUAUUUUUAGGGAAGUUAUUGAAACAAUCGACUUUGGAUGAAUUACAAACCUAGUAAUAGUCAAAGCCUGAUUAUGAGGAGCAAUUCCUCAGCAGCUAGAUUCUGUUGGGGAGUAAGGAAUUAAUAGAGAUUAAUAACGUUGUCGAUUAAUCACUGAAUAGCGAGUAUUUACUAUUGAUAAAUUCAAGUGGUUCCUUCCUGUUGAAUAGGGUGAAUGAUUAUCACAAGUGCCGAUUGAAAUCUAAACUGACAAUACGCGACCUGACUUUGAUGAUGCAAAACGAGUUCGAUAAGUAGUUUACUUGGAUUUAAAGAGAUGGCGAACGUGUAUGGUGACUCUGUUUGCAUUGAAGAGUGAAGUGCUCGAUUUUGAGAAUGUCCAAGUCAAAGCCUUUGUGAAUAAGAUCAAUGAGAGUUCCUAUGUCUUUUUCCUCUUUGAUUAGAAACCAGUGCAAAAGAAGAGUGAAGAAAACAACCAACCAAUAAUCAAUGUCAUCACUACUUUUGUACAUGAAUCAGUAAGUUAUAUUAAUUGUAUUUUAACUCUAAUUUUAUUGACGUAAAGUGAUCACGAGAACACUCUAAAAAUAUCCCUCAAAUAGAAUUAUUACACACCAAUCAAACUAAUAAGUUAGAGGUUCUUCCUAUUUGUGAAUAGCAUGAGAGAUUACAUUUUCUAUAUCCAAAACUAGUUGUUUUUGAGGAUCUCAGCAUUUAGAGUGAGUGAUCUGGUGGAAGAGAUAGUGAACAUAUACGAGGAUAAUUUAAAGAUCAGAGAUGUGAAUCUAAUAACCUCAAUAGAUUUGAGUGAUAACAAUUAAGUGUUAUUCAGUGAUAUUGAAAGAGUAAAUUUACAAUAUUUAACAAAAUAGUUAAAAUAAAUUUUAGCUUGUUUAUUAACCUAUUGUCUGAAGUACACUUCAGGAUCAUCCUUGAAAUUGGAUAUCAAAAGUUAUACAGUUAGUGGAAUUAUGAUUUCAUUUAAAGAUAGCAUGAUUGCCAAAGAUGAAAAUCUCAGAAAAUCUAUCUUUGUCCUAAUAAAAACUUUGAACUCAUCUCUGAAAACCUCAUCAUUUUACUAGGUGGAUCUAAAUAAUCUAUUAGAACUCUAAAUUUGCGUGAUAUUAUGUUUCCAGUUGAGUGGCACUUUCAAAAGAGGGAUUGAUUUCCUGUAUGACAGCUAGGGAAGUGGGACAUUCACUUUUGUAGUGGAAUCCCAAACCAGUUAGUAGAGGAUGCAGAGUCAUCAAGAUACAGGACCAAUUAAAAUCAUAGGACAAAGAAAAUACUAUGAAACAUCCUUGUCCUUAUUAUUGGGCUAAGACAGCAGUGGCUAUAGAGAAGAGUCAAAGUAUAAUAUCUACAUCAUUAGAUACUACACGUUAAGUCAAUUGUCCAAGUAGUUCUCUAUGAAACCUGGGGAUGGCUUAGAUGCUCACAGUGCGUACUUCUCCCAAAUCUCCAGGAUCAAAUAAGACUCAUCAAAUUCUAGAUAGGUUUAGAAUUCUGGUUCAGUUCCUAAGUAAUCGAAGGAAUAGACCAUCAGCUAUUCUGGAACUUGGAAAUAAGGGUUUCCUGACAUGGUUUAAUAAACAUAUAAGAAGAGCAGGAAUGAAAGGAGUGAAUCUCAAUAAGACUCCCAUUCUGCAUAUGAAGGAUUGGAACAAAGCAUUCCUUCUAUACAUCCUCCUGAGUUCACUCCUAAAUUGCUGCCUUCGGUCAUUAAGUAUCGUUUGAGGUUGACAUGUUGUGCCAAAGUGUUAAUUGUUGAUAAUGAUCAUUACAGUGUAUUAUCAUUACAGAAGGUUUUAGAGAAAUAUAACAUCAAAUGUGACAAGGCCUUCAAUGGGGUGGAGGCUCAAUAGAUGAUUUCGAAUAAAUAAAUCAAGCCUUGUCAUUGUGGGAACAGGUCGUACUUAUUAUUUUUCAUUGAAUUUCAUCUGCCAGUAAUUAUCUUAUAUAUAUAAAACUAAUUUUAGCUGUUAUCGGGAAUAGAAGUUAUGAAAUUCUUGAAGGGUUAGAUGAAAAUAGGAUUGAUUGAUAAAGGAUUUGCCAUAAUCAUUUCAACAUUUGCUGAUUUGAAUUUGAAAUUGGAAUGCUUUAAGAAUGGUGCCGAUUACUUCAUCGCAAAACCCUUUGAUUUAAUAGAUAUAGGAGCUGCAGUUUAAUAUUUAGAUUUUUGA